AGCCCAGCGCGGCGAUCCCCGGCGCCGACGCCAGGCGCUGGCCGUGGUGCUGAUUCUGCCAGGCGCUGGCGGCGGCGGCGGCGGCGGCCCCGCUGCUCUCCCGGGGACCGACUCUGCUCCCCCCGCGCCCACGCCUCUCCGAGUCCCCAGUCCCCGCGCCGCGGCCCCGACCCGGGGCGCGGCCGCAAGCAGCACCAUGCGCCCAGCAGCCCUGCUGCUCCUGCCCUCGCUGUUGGCGCUCCUGGCUCACGGACUCUCCUCAGAGACUCCAAUCACAGGGGAAGGUCAAGCCACAGGCAUCAAGGAGAUGGAUGGGGAGCUGACCGCAGCCCCGACACCUGAGCAGCCAGACCGAGGCGUCCACUUCGUCACCACGGCUCCCACCCUUAAGCUGCUCAACCACCAUCCACUUCUGGAGGAAUUCCUUCAAGAGGGGCUAGACAGGAGUGAGGAAGCCCUGAGGCCAGCACUGCCCUUCCAGCCUGAUUCACCUACACCCUUCACUCCAAGUCCUCUUCCCCGCCUGGCCAACCAGGACAGCCGCCCGGUUUUUACCAGUCCGACUCCAGCUGUGGCUGCAGCACCCACCCAGCCCCACUCCAGGGAGAAGCCUUGGAACCUAGAUUCAGAGUCCCCUGAGCUUCAUAUCACAUCUCCUCUACCUCCGGGGCCUAGUAUGGCAGUGCCCACCCUGCACUCAGAGGACAGACCCAGUACGACACCUACCAGCCGAACAUGGACUCCAACCCAGGAGGGUCCUGGAGACAUGGGCAGACCUUGGGUUCCAGAGGUCAUGUCUCAGACCACAGGGCUUGGUAUUGAGGGGACUGUUGCCACCUCCCCAGCUUCAGGGGAUGACGAAGAGACCACCACCACCACCACCACCAUCAUUACUACGACCAUCACCACAGUCCAGCCACCAGGCCCUUGUAGCUGGAAUUUCUCAGGCCCAGAGGGCUCUCUGGACUCCCCCACAGCCCCCAGCUCACCCUCUGAUGUUGGCCUGGACUGUUUCUACUACAUCUCUGUCUAUCCUGGCUAUGGAGUAGAGAUCAAGGUGAGUGAUCUGGAUCCAUCAAGAGCAAAGCCACCCUCCCCCAGAGAGGGGCCUCCUAUAGGGAGAGGCAGAACCCCAGCCUGUCCUGCCCUGAUCCUCCUCCUCUACAGGCUGCGCAUAGGCUCUGGGGACCUGCUGACCAUCUACGAUGGGGAUGACCUGACAGCCCGGGUCCUGGGCCAAUACUCAGGGCCCCGUGGCCACUUCAAGCUCUUUACCUCCAUGGCUGAUGUCACCAUCCAGUUCCAGUCAGAUCCUGGGACAUCGGUGCUGGGCUACCAGCAAGGAUUUGUCAUCCACUUCUUUGAGGUGCCCCGCAAUGAUACAUGCCCAGAGCUACCCGAGAUCCCCAACGGCUGGAAGAGCCCGUCACAGCCUGAGCUGGUGCAUGGCACAGUGGUCACCUACCAGUGCUACCCUGGCUACCAGGUGGUGGGGUCCAGUAUUCUCAUGUGCCAGUGGGACCUAAGCUGGAGUGAGGACCUGCCCUCAUGCCAGAGGGUGACAUCCUGCCGUGACCCAGGGGAUGUGGAACACAGCCGACGUCUAGUAUCUAGCCCCAAGUUUCCUGUGGGGGCAACUGUGCAGUACAUCUGUGACCAGGGUUUUGUGCUGACGGGGAGUGCCAUCCUCACCUGCCAUGAUCGUCAGGCUGGCAGCCCCAAGUGGAGUGACAGGGCCCCCAAAUGUCUCUUGGAACAGUUCAAGCCAUGCCAUGGCCUCAGUGCCCCUGAGAAUGGUGCCCGCAGUCCUGAGAAGCGGCUUCACCCAGCGGGGGCCACCAUCCACUUCUCCUGUGCCCCUGGCUAUGUGCUGAAGGGCCAGGCCAGCAUCAAAUGUGUGCCUGGACACCCCUCACAUUGGAGUGACCCCCCACCCAUCUGCAGGGCUGCCUCUCUGGAUGGGUUCUACAACGGCCGUAGCCUGGAUGUUGCCAAAGCACCUGCCACCUCCAGUGCCCUGGAUGCUGCCCACAUGGCGGCUGCCAUCUUCCUACCGCUGGUGGCCAUGGUGCUGCUGGUGGGAGGUGUGUACCUCUACUUCUCCAGGCUCCAGGGGAAAAGUCCCCUGCAACUUCCCCGAACUCAUCCUCGCCCCUAUAACCGCAUCACGGUGGAGUCAGCGUUUGACAACCCAACUUAUGAGACUGGAGAGACGAGAGAAUAUGAAGUUUCCAUCUAGGUGGGAGCAGCCCGUGGAUGCACACGCAGGCCUGCACCACAGGCCAGUGGCAGGGCUGCCGGCUCUCUGCUGUCCCUUCACCUCCUGUACAUACCACCUGGGAAGAGACACCACCAAUCCCUCAAGAAGUUGUACCCUUCCCUGCCUGCAAUGCCCACGGUGGCCUAUUUUCUUGGCGCCACUGCCCACUUCGGGCCUUUCUUUGGGUCCGAGUCAGGUGCCCCUUGACAGAACAGAGCUGGAGCACAUUACCACCAGCCGGCAUUCUCCUGCUUCUCUUAUCCUGGACCUCAGGCAGAGCAGAGGCACUUUCUACACAUUGCCAUCAUCCGGCCCUGGCAUGUGGGGACUCCGGAAGAGCUGAUUUGUAGCAGUGGAAAUGGGACCAGAGUGUCCCCCACAGGGCUAUCACCAGUGGCCAAAAUGAUUCUCAACGGUGACCUCUUGGUAGUCCUGGCAUGCCACCACCAGCCCCUCGGGGCGAUGUCUAGUCUUCUCUAACGGCUCAGAAUUGGAGUUAUGCCUUCUGCCCUGUCCCAGGGAGGUGAGGAUUUUAAGGAAUCUUAAAAGGUUCAGGGACUCUGUCCCAAGCUCAGGUUGGGCUUCACUGGACACUCAUGCUCCACACCAAAGCAGGACACCCUACUGCUCCCCAGCAUCCCUCUACUCUGAGGAGGGACAGACCUUCCUUGAUGUUUAUCUGGCUGUCACAAAUGCCCCCCUUUCCCACGAGUCCCUCUUUUGAGCCACGCACCAUGCACCUCCUUCCUGCCACUGUGUUAUGGCACACCAGGAGAGGGCAGGUACAUUCUGGAGAGGAGCGGAAGUCCAAGGACCCAGGAAUGUGGCCCAGAACUAAAGUCAGAAAUCCCAGGAGGAAGCCCAGUCCAGACCGAAGGCCACUUUGUACAUACGAUGUAUUAUAUGGGAUCUGGGCUCCAGCCAGAGAACAAUCUUUUAUUUCUGUUGUUUCCUUAUUAAAAUGGCGUUUUUUGGAAAAAAAAAACUAUUAAGCAGUGUGA